UUCAUCUUUCCCAUCCAUUCCAUGGCCCUAGCGAUGAGUAUUCACCUCACGCGCCUCCCCCGCCACUUCCCUUUCCCUUCACUCUUUCCUCGCUUUCCUCGAAUUCUUAGCAACCCUUGUCAUCUCACUUCUCGCCGAAAACCACGUCGAACCUUCACUUUCUUCACCUGCAACUUCACCGUCGCCGCCACUUCCGCCACUUAUGGCAGGAAUGAUAAUGUUGGGGCAGAUAAUGAAAGAUAUGAUGUUAUUGUGGUUGGAGGAGGCCAUGCAGGCUGUGAAGCUGCCCUUGCAUCUGCUCGUUUAGGGGCAAAAACUCUUCUUCUUACUCUAAAUAUUGAUAGAAUUGCAUGGCAGCCUUGUAAUCCUGCUGUAGGUGGACCUGCAAAGUCACAAUUGGUACAUGAAGUGGAUGCACUCGGUGGUGAAAUUGGAAAAGUUGCUGAUAGGUGUUAUUUACAAAAACGUGUUCUAAACAUAUCAAGAGGUCCUGCUGUUCGGGCAUUGCGUGCACAGACUGAUAAGAGGGACUAUGCUUUGCAAAUGAAAAACAUUGUGGAGAGCUGUCCAAACCUUUCUAUUAGAGAGGCGAUGGUGACUGAUAUCCUACUAGGAAAGAAUGACAAUGUAGAAGGUGUUCGAACAUUCUUUGGGAUGGACUUCUAUGCUCCUUCUGUUAUUCUAACAACUGGCACUUUUAUGAGCGGUAAAAUUUGGGUUGGUAGAACUUCUAUGCCUGCAGGGAGAGCUGGUGAGUCAGCUUCACAUGGACUCACUGAAAACUUGCAGCGCCUUGGAUUUGAAACUGACCGGUUAAAAACUGGAACCCCUGCACGUGUGGACUGUCGUACUGUAGAUUUCUCUGGAUUGGAACCCCAGCAUGGAGAUGAAGAGGUGAGCUGGUUUAGCUUUGAUCCUGAUUUCCAUAUUGAGAGGGAACAAAUGUGCUGCUAUCUGACACGUACUACAAAGAGCACUCACCAGCUAAUUAAAGAAAAUUUGCACGAAACUCCCACUUAUGGGGGGUGGGUUGAAGCCAAGGGACCCAGAUAUUGCCCCUCCAUUGAAGAUAAGAUUGUGAGAUUUCAAGAUAAAGAGUCUCAUCAGAUUUUUCUUGAACCAGAAGGUCGAAAUGUGCCUGAGCUCUAUGUGCAGGGGUUCUCAACUGGUUUACCUGAGAGACUGCAGUUACCACUCUUGAGGACAUUACCUGGACUUGAAAACUGUUCAAUGCUAAGGCCUGCUUAUGCUGUAGAGUAUGAUUUCUUGCCUGCUUAUCAGUGCUCGAGGUCUCUUAUGACAAAGCAGAUUGAAGGUCUUUUUUUCUCUGGACAGAUCAAUGGAACGACAGGCUAUGAAGAAGCUGCAGCACAGGGUUUAAUUUCUGGAAUUAAUGCUGCCAGAUAUUCAGAUGGUAAAUCCCUCAUUGUUCUUGAGAGGGAAAGCAGUUACAUAGGGACUUUGAUAGAUGAUCUGGUUACCAAAGACCUUCGAGAGCCUUAUCGAAUGUUAACAAGCCGCUCAGAACAUCGAUUACUUCUUCGAUCUGAUAAUGCGGAUAGUCGUCUCACACCUUUGGGGCGUGAAAUUGGUUUGAUAGAUGAUAGACGUUGGAAAAUAUACCAGGACAAGCAAGCUCAAAUUUCACAAGAAAAAAAGCGAUUAAGAACUGUCCGGAUUUCAGGGGGAGAUUUGGCUUCUGAUGUUACUCAUUUGUCUGGUCAGCCAGUGAAGGACUCCUCAACUCUGGAGAGUAUUCUUAAGAAACCGCAUGUACAAUAUAAAGUUCUGGAUAAGCAUGGUUUUGGAAAUGAACUUCUGUCCAAAAUAGAGAAAGAAUGUGUGGAGAUUGAUAUCAAGUAUGAGGGCUUUAUUAUGCGGCAGCAGAGCCAGCUCCAACAGAUGGCUCGUCAGCAACACAGACCACUACCAGAGGACUUGGAUUACUAUGCAAUGACAACUUUGUCUCUUGAGGCUCGUGAGAAACUAUCCAAGAUCCGGCCACAGACCAUUGGUCAAGCAAGUAGAGUGGGUGGAGUGAGCCCUGCUGACAUUACUGCUCUUCUCAUCAUCCUUGAAACCAACAGAAGAAAAGCCCAGGAACAAAGAAGGUGCCAGUUGCUGACUUCCGUCAUGGUAGAUCAGGACAAAUGUAUUACUGCUCCUCUUCCUGAGACACUCAAUCCCCAGAAAAUCUGCUAGGAAUUGUGGUUGUAUGCGGUGUUUGUCAGAUAUCUGAAAAAAAAAUGCCAAAUAUUCGAGCAUAUAGAGCAGGGUGAUGUUGUCUUCCAAAGGAGCAAUCCGGACGGAAAGCAAUUGAAAGGAAAUGCAUAAGUAUUUGCAUGAUCCCCAGACAUAAGAAACUUGAGUGCCCAAUCCUGCUAGGUGAAGGUUUGGUUUCAUAAAAAAGGCGAGACUCAUUGCAUCUGCUUGGCAGUUGGCACUGCCAAUGAGGAAUAUCAUAAAGCAUUUUUCAUUUUAGAGAACCCCUUUUGGCUAGAGAUGUCUCUCAAAUGUAAAUGAAUUAUUGAUUUAGGGCCCUUUUGAGCCAACGUUUAGAGAAUCAUGUUGACUUUAUGUUUAAAAUAGUCUUUUGAUUCUCAUGUGAAGUCACAUAAUUAUUAUUACUAUUAAUUCUUUUUUUUAAAAAUUAAUUUAAAACCGCAAUUGAAAAAUGCAGUUUUUGCAAAAA